GCUCAACAAACUCCCGCAGCUCCCGUCGACAACCUCCACUCAAUGACCACCAGAUCCAAGAAAGGCAUCGUUAAACCAAACUCAAAAUAUGCCCUCGCGAUAUCCAAGAUAGAUACCGAACCAAAAACCGUACUCCAAGCUCUCUCCGACGAUAAAUGGAGAAAUGCAAUGUCAGAAGAAUUCGACGCUCAGCUCCGCAACUUCACUUGGUCUCUUGUUCCGCCAGCCCCUAAUCAAAACAUCAUUGGCACCAAAUGGAUCUUCAAGCUCAAAUAUCAACCGGAUGGCUCCAUUCACAGACACAAAGCAAGACUCGUCGCUAAAGGAUACAAUCAACUCAAAGGCAUUGACUAUAACGAAACGUUCAGCCCCGUCAUCAAAGCCACAACAAUUCGGGUCGUUCUACAAACCGCUGUCUCCUGUGACUGGCCCAUCAAGCAGCUUGACGUCAACAACCCAUUUCUUCAAGGAACACUAACAGAAGAAGUCUACAUAACGCAACCGCAAGGAUUCGUCGAUGUCAACAAACCAAAUCAUGUCUGCCGCCUUCACAAAGCGCUCUACGGCUUGAAACAGGCCCCUCGCGCCUGGUACGAAGAACUCAAAAAUUUCCUUCUCACCGUUGGCUUCACCAACUCACUGGCCGACGCAUCUCUAUUCAUUCUCCAUCGGGGAUCAAGCCUCCUUUAUCUUCUGGUUUACGUUGACGACAUCAUUGUCACCAGCAAUGAUAACUCUUUACUCCAGAAUACACUUCAGUCUCUCGCCACCCGUUUCAGCAUCAAAGAUCCCGAAGACUUACACUACUUCCUAGGACUUGAAGCUCGCCGCACAGCUCACGGACUCCACCUCACACAAAGACGGUACAUUCUCGACUUGCUCACUAAGUGUCACAUGCUUGAUGCUAAACCAAUUACGACACCAAUGGCUGCUUCACCAAAACUCUCCCUCCACUCGGGGUCUGCUCUCUCCGACCCAUCGGAAUUUCGAAUGGUCAUAGGAAGCUUACAAUAUUUGGCCUUCACUAGACCUGAUAUCUCUUAUGCCGUCAAUCGCUUGUCGCAAUUCAUGCACAAACCAACAUCCGAUCACUGGCAAGCGGCAAAACGUCUUCUUCGCUACUUGGCCGGAACAGCAAACCAUGGUAUCUUCUUUCACCGCAACAACACCAACUCCAUUCAUGCAUUCUCCGACGCAGACUGGGCUGGUGACACUGAUGAUUAUGUUUCUACGCAUGCGAACAUAGUCUACAUUGGCAAAAAUCCAGUAUCAUGGUCUUCUAAGAAACAAAAAGGCGUAGCUCGUUCCUCAACGGAAGCCGAGUAUCGAUCUGUGGCCAAUACAUCUGCGGAGGUUCGCUGGAUUUGCUCAUUACUCUCCGAAUUACGCAUCAAAAUACCAGCAUCACCUGUGAUUUACUGUGACAACGUAGGCGCAACAUAUCUUUGUGCAAAUCCUAUUUUCCACUCAAGAAUGAAGCAUCUAGCCCUCGACUACCACUUCAUUAGAAAUCAGAUCACAUCCGGCAGUCUACGGGUAGCUCAUGUCUCAUCCAAGGAUCAACUCGCCGAUGCACUAACAAAACCGCUGGCUCGUGCACCCUUCUCCUCAAUGUCAUCCAAGAUUGGAGUCUCAAAAGCCCCUCCAUCUUGAGGGGGGAUGUCAAGGAAUGAUAUCCCAAUCAUUCCCCAAUCAUAUCUCAAUCAUAUCAUUCCACUUAUGUCAACUGUAUAUAUCACAUUUAUGUCGUCUAACCUAGUGUCUCUAGUCUCCUCUGUAUAUUUAUACUCUCGACAAUCACUCUAAUAAUACACAACAUUCUCU